AUGUGCAACACAAAAGCAAAUAUUUCAUUUUCUAAACGAGCAAAUGGAAAACUAAAUUUUGCUUUUCUUAGACUUCCAUUAACAACAGAUCAGCAAAUACUUGAGCCGGAUUGGGAAGUAUAUUUACGUGACACAGCACGAAUGGUCGGUGAAGAACAAACACCUCAACGAAUUUUACAAGCACGCGAACGUCUUUAUGAAUUAGUUGCACAUUGUAUUCCAGCAGAAAUUAUUUUUAAAGUACCUUAG